UGCCCCGUCGUCGGCUGCGAGGGCGAGGCCGGGCCGUCGGCUCCUCCCGCGGGCCCGGGGCCGCCGCGGGCCGGACAUGGAUCUGUUCGGGGACCUGCCGGAGCCCCGGCCCGCGUCGCGGACGGCCGCCGGGAUAGAAAUACAGACACCGGGUUCUUUGCUUUUUGAUGAUCUCCCACCGUCCAGCAGCGAGGAAUCAGGGAAAGAAAUACAGAAAGGAUCCUUUCUUUUUGAUGAUCUUCCUCCAGCCAGCAGUGCUGACUCAGGAUCUGGGGGAUCUUUGCUCUUUGAUGAUCUCCCACCUGCCAGCAGCGGGAACUCAGGUUCACAGGCUACUCAGACAUCUCAAGCACCAAGGAGUGACGGGAAAGGAGCAAAGAGAAAAACAUCUGAAGAAGAGAAGAAUGGAAGCGAAGAGCGUGUGGAAAAGAAAGUUUGUAAAGGCUCUACGGGGAUAUUUGGUCUGAAAGGUUACGUAGCGGAGCGGAAAGGUGAACGAGAGGAGAUGCAGGAUGCCCAUGUCAUUCUGAACGAUAUUACGGAGGAUUGUAAGCCACUUUCAUCUCUAAUUACCCGCGUUUCGUAUUUCGCUGUUUUUGAUGGACAUGGAGGAAUUCGAGCCUCAAAGUUUGCUGCUCAGAAUCUGCAUCAGAACCUGAUCAGGAAGUUUCCCAAGGGAGAAGUAAUCAGCGUGGAGAAAACCGUGAAGAGGUGUCUUUUGGACACUUUCAAGCACACUGAUGAGGAGUUCCUAAAGCAGGCCUCCAGCCAAAAGCCGGCCUGGAAAGAUGGCUCAACGGCGACUUGCGUCCUGGCCGUGGACAACAUCCUUUACAUCGCCAAUCUCGGAGACAGCCGGGCAAUAUUGUGCCGUUACAAUGAGGAAAAUCAGAAGCAUGCGGCCUUAAGUCUGAGCAAAGAACAUAAUCCAACCCAGUAUGAAGAACGAAUGAGAAUACAGAAGGCUGGAGGCAAUGUCAGGGACGGCAGAGUCCUGGGUGUGCUAGAGGUUUCCCGCUCCAUUGGGGACGGACAGUACAAGCGCUGCGGCGUCACCUCCGUGCCAGAUAUCAAACGCUGCCAACUUACACACAAUGACAGGCUCCCCUCUGCCCCCGGGAACAACUAUCGGGCGCAAGCUGGGAACCAGGGAGGCAUCGGAGGGUGGAAAGAGGUAGGAGGAAUGGAAGAUUCCCAGGGAAAAUUUUAAUCGGAAAAAAGAUAAAAGCCGUAGAGGCCCCCCGGGUACACAGAGUGCCACCUGGCUGUCCGUGGGCGGGGUUUUAGUCGCAGGAUAAUGAGCCCGGUUGGGGGCCGGCAGCCCGAGCGGAUAGUUUUCCUCAGAAUGAAUUUUCCCAACUGAACACAGAAUUCUUAAGGAUGCUCUUCUUUCAUCUGAAUUAUACUGUUUCAGAUUAGUCCCUAAACCACUCUGAUUUUUAUCACCUAGUCCCCCACCCACAACUCUCGCCUCCUUAGCCGUCCAGUGCGGCGUCCUCCCCCCUUGGUCCCCGUCCACAGUUUUUCCCACUGUUGGCUGCUUCCAAUUAUUUAACCUGCAGAGCUGGUUCACAUUCUCUGG